AUGCAGCCCGAGUCGGAGAAGAAGUCCAAGAAGGCUCCCCGCAAGCAUGUCACCACGGCCUGUGUUCCUUGUCGGGAGAGCAAGAUUAGAUGCGACGGAGCUUCCCCGCAUUGUAAUAAUUGCCAAAGAAAAGGGAAGGAUUGCAAAUACCAGCAUGGCGACGACAAGCGCAAGGUGUCUCUCCGAGCUGCAACGGAGCUGUUCUCCGCACGAAUUGACCAGUUAUACCAAUUUAUCGAGGACCAUGGGCUAGAACCUCCUCUUAUGAAACCUGAGGAUGAAGCAGGUAUGAAUCGAGUACUGGAUACUCUUCAGAUUCCUCGUAAGCAAGUACAGAAAAAGAGCCCCAACUCGAAGAACAAACCGCCUGUCAAGGCCCAACAAAAUGUCGCCCAGUCUCCUGCACAAAGAUCCCCUGCGAGUAUCCCUGUCGGGACUUCUCCUCUUGGGGGCCAGUUGAAUCAAGCGCCUGAAUCGAGCAUGCCCGUGGCAUCGUCGUCUCAGAACAUCUAUUCGAAUCCAUCCUUUUUUCCUCCUACAGGGAAAAGCCCAGAUGCCACGAACCCUUUCUCGCUGAGCUCGGGGGCUUUGAACAAUUACAGCUGGGGCUUUACACUCCCAACCGCCGAGAGCUUGGAUACGCUUUACGCCAACUUGGAGAGUGCGGGAGUCAAUAUGCCAGCGGAAACGACCAGUCUGAGCCCAGAUAGUCUGUAUUUGAGUCAGGAUAUUGCUCAGCAACCGGGCGUCCUGCUCGAACAAGCGCAGAACAACGGACUCUAUGACAGCGACAGCGGCGAUGAAGAAGACGAGGCAGAAAAGGAUGUGAUCGACCAGAUCUCGCAUCGUAUCGGAACGCUGAAGAUUGCCGGUGACGGUCAUCUACGGUUUUACGGUGCGACCUCAAACCUUAACCUGGUAGAUGUGUCUGCGGCGCAACAGCGCCAGCGCCCAGAUGCGCGCACAGUCCGUCACGAUGGACAAGAUAUCUUGAAUCACCUGCGCGUUGGACAGCCGGUUGAUCAGGAGUUGGAGGACCAUCUCGUCGAACUCUAUUUCACUUGGCAAAACACUAGCACCUACGUGGUUGACAAAGAGAUGUAUAUGAUAGCCAGGACAAAAUGGAGGGAAGAAUAUGAUGAUACGCCGUUCUAUUCGGAAGUGCUUACCAACGCGAUGUGUUCCAUCGGAAGUGCUUUCGAGGCACGCUACCAUCCGACGUUUAUCACAUUCCCCAAAUCUCUAUCGGAGUUUUUUGCAGACAGGGCAAAGGCGCUUUUGGAAAUCGAGUUGGACUCCCCGUGCGUGGCUACAGUACAGGCCCUUGUCAUUUUGAGCUGUCAUGAGGGUUCUUCGAACCGUGAUGCUCGUGGAUGGCUUUACAGUGGAAUGUCGAUGAGACUUGCUUUCGACCUUGGACUGCAUCUUGAUACGACAUGUUAUGUCGACAAAGGGGACAUAAGUGCCUUCGAAGCCGAUGUGCGUCGAGUGGCUUUCUGGGGAAGCUAUACUGCCGACCAUUUCUGGGGGUUCUACCUAGGGCGGCCUUUCCGUUUGAAUACUGGAGACAUCACCGUCCCAAAACCUGCCUCGGACAUAGCGGCCGAGAAAGAAGGGACUUGGUAUCCUUACGGUCUCCACGCCAAAUCAGAAGUGCCUCCUGCUGGAUUGAAGAAUCCGAAUGAAUUGAUCAGCAGACAAUUUGCGGUUCUUUGGGAAAUCAUAUCUCCCGUGGGUCAUAUUCUCUACGGAUGCUCUGAUAUCUCCAGGCAUGAUCUGCAAAGGUUGUGUUACAGAGUAACCGAAGACCUGUUUGCUUGGAAAGUGAAUCUGCCAUCGACAUUGCAGGUUGAUCUUGGAAACGAUGCUGUUCCAAUAUUGCCUCAUCUUUUGAUGCUUCACAUGCAAUACCAUCAAAUAGUCAUCUUCACCCACCGACCUUGGGUCUCGAAACAUUACAUCCAGCCGCGCAGUCCGCGCCAAGGACCCGGCUACCACCACGCUCGAAGAAUGUGCAUAGAAUCAUCCAUGGCCGUCGCCAGACUACUCCAGAUCUACGAAAAACACUAUACAUUCCGCCGCAUGAACAACCAGGUCGUCGCCAUUAUAUUUAGCGCCGCCCUUAUGCUCCUAUACGUCACUAUCUCCCCCGGUAAAGCCAAUAAUAACGAAAACGGAACCACCCGUGCGGAAAUGGUUGCAUAUCUCAACCUCUGCUUCCGUGCGUUAGAUGAACUGGGGCAGUCUUUCGAAAACGCGAAGCGCACACGAGACUUCCUGGUUAGUCUCCAACGAAGAUGGCAAGCGCAUAUGCGCAGAUCUGGUGCGAAACGUCAAAUGGGAAAUCGUCAAUCAUCUCAGCCGCCAGCACAAGGCCGCUCAGAAGUGGACCCGUCGAGAAAAAGGACCCGACUCUCUGUUUCAGGCCACUCUCUUCCUACUGCUGCUGCUGCCAAUAACAGCAACAGCAACAGUGCCAACAAGAACCAAGCCUUCGCUAUCCCCACAACACCACCUUCUACCCAACCACAAUCUCAAGCUCAAGCAAUACCACCCCCGUUGAACCAGACUGGAUCCGAAGACAUAGACUGGAUCCGCAACUCAGAUCUCCAGCUCUUCUCCGAGGGACUGGCGAAUAACCAAUUCCCCCAAAUACCGGGGAAUUCGGCCUCGUAUGCUGAAGCAUCGACGAUACCAAGUCUUGCUGAUAUAGAGCCGUGGUGGGAGUCGCCGAAUGGGACUACGACUUUUGGGGGAUCGUCGUUGUAG